ACCAAAUGGUCUGCAUUCUAUUUUAGUUGUUUUUAAGACUCCACUUUACGCAGAUCCCCAACUAAUUAACCUGGGGGUCUCUCAUUUACACUGCACAGACUACACAAGCCACAACAACAACUCAGAUCUUACCGUGUGGUAAGGGAGUGUAGGGUGACUGUUAAUGGAAUGGGGUCUAAGUAGGACAGUACUUUAAACUAGUGGGGGUAGGUUCUGACCUGUUUUUAUUUUUCACCUAGUUUCACUUCUCUUUGUUGAAAGAAGAAAUUGUUAACUGCCAUUUGUGUGUUCAGUAAAAAGAUACUGGUAUGCCUGUAGGGUACUUAACAUUUCCCAUAGGGCUUUCCGUGCGGGUUAGGAAUGUUGAAUUAGUACAUUAUUUACUCUGAGGUCUCUGAAUGUGCCCAAGGGAAACAACAGCCUAUUUUAACAAGCCCAUAGCUGGAUUCUACAUGUUACCUCUAUUUCCUCACACAUCCACUGACUUGGAAAAAAGGUGGGGUAUUACAACAAUUUAUCAUUUGCUCAAUCACAAAGUUCUUUGUGUACCGCCCCACUGAGAGAUUUCUGAAUAUGACUGUCAGGUCUGGCAUUUACGGUGCAUUGAGAGUGUUCAAUCUGUAAUUUGUCUAGCUAUAAUAGUUCCUUACUACUGCAAAGGGUCGCAAGAUGCGCAGCCGACAUAAAAGUAAGGAGAAAGAAGAUAAAUGUAUGAAGAUCCACACCUUUGAGGGGGAACAGAACAUUGGGUACAGGCUGUUGAGGGGUUACAACAUAUCCAUGCCAGAAGAACCGGUCAGCAACUCGAAGGGGCCAAAUUCCCUUACUGGAGGUAUCCAGACAAGUUUGGACGAAAGGAAUGAGAAUGGGAAAGGAUCAAAACGUCUCAGCUAUGAUGGUGAAAAAAGGUACCUGGGAGUCAGGGUCAAAAUGCCUGUGAGAGACAUACUCAGGAACAUUCGAAUAGCAAAUGGAAUGAACCCUAAAGAUAUCCAGGGCAGCUGCGGCAAGUCAUCAAAAGAUGAGAAGAAACGGGUAAAUACAAAAGGGGAUCGUAGAUGUAACAAGAGAAAACACCCUACAAAGAGCCUGGAGGAACUUGCCAUAAUAGUUGAAGUAUUGGAGGAGGAUCUCAAAGAUAAUAAGCCCUACAGCCCGUGUAACAAGUCUGACUCCUCCAAAUACUGCCCAAAGCCCAAUGAGCAAUCAUGGCACACACCUGAGCCACUCCAACAAAGCUACCCAAUGAACCUUGGUCAGGAGAAAAAGAUACCACAACAAGCUCCGAACUACUGUAUGCCAGAGCUCAAUCUGUCCCACUCCCCAAGCAAACAAAACACCACCGUUCCUCCACUAAACUCCCAAGUACAAUAUGUUGGUGACGAAUCUGACAAUGUAAUACCCAGUCCAGAUUCAUAUAUGUCUUACUCUCCCAGCAGCACCAGUGACUAUCAAAUGCCAUCUACCCAAGAUUCAGUCUUCACCCUCCCCCAAUCCUGCAGCUAUGAGUUAGACCAAGAUGGAGCUUGUGAUUACCAGGGAAGUUAUAGCCCACAGGCCCAGAAUAGCUUUAGACAACAGUGCCCCAGCAACAUGGGUCAGGAUUGGAAUAGUACAGCACACUUCUGGACCCAGCUCCAGAGGGAGGAGAGCUUACUGAUGGGGGUCUCAGACACAGAAUUCCUGGCCACAGACAAGAAUGGAAGGACAGCUCUACACAAAGUUGUGUUCCAAGGCAACAGGACCCUGGGAUAUGCAAUUGCUAAAAGGAUGGCAGCUCUUCACAGUCUUGAUGUGAAAGACUCAGAAGGAAAGACGGCACUACACCUGGCUGCACAGAAGAACCAACACCACAUGGUGGUUGAUCUGAUUCACCUUGGUGCCAGUGUAAAUGAAAAGGACAGGAGUGGAAAGACAUGUCUGCACCUCAGUGCUGAGAAUGGAUACAUUCAAGUCCUGGAGGUGCUGAACAAUCUGAUGAAAGAAGGGAUUUAUGUAGAUGUCAAAGCUACAGAUAAUUCUGGUCUCAGUGUGUUGCAGUGUGCAACUGUGGCCCUGAAUGUCACCAUGCAAGAGCUUGAGAGAAGUGUGGAUCCCAGUCGGAUAAGAUUCCUUACACUUUGCAAGGAACAGAUGAUGGAAACACUGGACUGUCUGCUGCAAAUGGGAAGCUACCACCCCACUCUGGAUAAUCAUUCUGGGGAAAAUGCAUAUAAUAUAGGAAGCAACAGAGAUUCCUACAAAUGUAUUCAAGGAGUGUUUUCCAGAUCCAUCAAGGUGAACUACGUGACCUAGAUGAGAUGUCCAUUUACACAGCUGUUCAUUUUGAAAUAUUGUGUGCAUCUGCCAAGAAUGGCUUGCCUGAGAACUGACAGUAAAUGUUUCUGAGUUAGUACAAGCUUGAACUUGUCUUGAAGAAAGGCCAAAGUGGUUUAGAAAGCCUAUAACCAUGUGGGUUUUAUGUGGCUUUCUUGAAGACAAGGUACAAGUCUUAUGUAAAGCAUCUGAAGUGUUAUGCAAGCUAAAAACACAAUUGUAAAUUGAGUUUUUGUGACCUGUACUAAGACUUUGGUUGCACAUUGGUUGGUUUCUGGGAAACUUCCAUUGUUUGUUACAUUAAAGUAACAAAAUGUAAAUGCGAGUUAAGCUAAAUGUAAUUUGGCACAGGAUACAUGUGUUGUAUUUGUUGUUAAACAUCUGAAUACCCUCCACUGUGAAUGUAUUUCAUUACAGAGGUAUGUAUUUUAAUUUACAUCUCUGUAUGUUUUAGUGUAUAAGCUUUAUCUGUUAUGAAUGUGUAAUCAACAUCCUUUGUUUAUACUGUACACUCUUAUUGUGAUUGUAUGUUACUGUAGGUGCAAAUUUUAAAUCUCAUAUAAUGGAGGUAAUUUCAGACACAAAACAAAAGAAGAAAGGGAACUUGCCUAAAUCAUCAGUUUUGUUGUUCCACAGGUGACAAAGAAUUUACCUUUGCUUUCCAUUUUUGACUUUUAAGACUUGGUGUCUUACCGUCAAUAUAUGCAACGAACAUUCAAGACAACAAAUCGGGAGUUCUAAUAUGUUAACACAAUUGACAAGAUAUGAUUCAUUUUGAAAAACCUCUAACAUCUAAUAAUAACAUUGUUAUGCUGGUUGUAUACUAUUGUGAGGUAGCUAGGUUAUAAUGUAACUUGCUUAUGUUUUGCCCCUUUUCACUAUCUUGUGGUUAGAUUUUAAUUAGUAAAACUAUGAUGUGUAGACAAAUAAAUAAAUAGGGUUGGUGUAAUAAUUGUGUUAGAAUUAAUGUACUGUUAAUAUUCUAUAUUAGUAGUUACUGUUGUUAUGUGACUUUGACUGCAACAACAAUUACAGAAGUAGCGGCAGAAUUUGUGAAAUAUGUUUUGUGGACCGUAGGAGCAGAUUGGGACAGCUGGUUACUUUAGUACUUAGGAGUUGUAAAACCUUGGGAUUAAUAUGGGUAGUUAUAUUAGUGUAUUAUCGUUUUUGACAGUACAUACAUUACUUUCUAGUCGGUGCAAAUGACUGUGAUUUCAAUAUAACAUACUCUGACACUCAACAUGGUGAUGGAACUGAAUUCAACGUCUUAUGCAACUGUAUAAUGUGAUUAUGUAUCCCACUAAAUGUGAUGUGUGGCCAGCAUAAUAGAAUAGGACAGAGAUAGCAAUUAAGUCCACUCACGCUGGCCUGGUGAACUUAGUUGUUAUUUAUCUUUUAAUUUGUCUUCUGAUUCAGACAGUAAACAUCUUAAAAAUGGCCCAGGUUAAUGUUUUGUUUUAUACUGGAAAUGGGUUAAGUGUGUUUUUAAUUCAACUAGCCUUAUUCAUCACUUCGUCAAAAACUGUGUAAUUAUUACAGUGGGGAGAACAAG